CAUAGUCAACUCUCUCUGAUCUCGCAAAACUAUCCCCCAUUUACUUCUUACUUCCUCAACUACUGGCUGAACUCACUCUGUGUCUUAUCUUUUUGCACUACUCUCUCCUUCUUCUGUCCAUAAGAGCCCAUUACACGGGCAGGCAUCACUGCCGUCUGCAUUCCAGAGUCAAAGAAAGCAGCAGCAGUAUUUGAAUAGCAAUGGACGAUUAAAGGAGACCAUUAAGGAAACUCUUUGUGCAAAUAUAUGACAAUCGUCGUCCCCUCGUCUCACUUCAUCUCUUCUUCUCGUGGCAGCAGCAGUGAUAAUCGCGUUCAUCUGCUUAACUCUCCUUGUUCAAAGUUGGUCGACGUUUUCCCUUUAAUGAGUUGACAAUCACGUCAAGAGGUCUUUCUCCUUGCGUGCUCUUCCUCUCCUGUCUUUCAGCACUCAUUCAUUUCUCUCUCUCUUUUUGAUUCACUGUGUGUGUGAGUUGGUGUUUUACGGUGGCUAGUUAAUUCAUGAGAGUAAAUUCCGUGAAGUACACAUGUACAUACAAUUAUUGUUCUUCUCUACACCCACCUACGGUUUUUUCGUGAGGAUUUCUUUUUCCAGGGGAGAUUGACCUGUUGGUAGCGAUAAUAAUAUUGCUAGUUCACCCAUCGUCUCAACAAUUCGUGCCAGAGAGGAGAGGAGCAGCUGUAUCUGAGUUACGGGUUAUCUAUUCUUAACCCUUUACAUUCUCACGCAUCUCAGGAACUCAAGAGAACAGGGCGACGUUGAAAAGGAGGAGGGAAGAAACGCAUAAACUCAUCCGCAGACGGAGGAGGACAGCGAUUUGGCGACGAAGAAGGACAUCGAGUUGAAUUCCAGGCCAAAGGCGAGAAGAAGGCCGGGAGGAAGAUUGAUCCACUAUUGGAGGGGGUGGGAGGAGGGGGCGCUGGUGGGGACCAGAUGAUGGUUGGAUUCAACGGUCACGGCCGUGACCUCGUUCGUGACCACUCGUACAACAGACGCCACGAGUCCACCGCCUCCCUCCUCGACACCAUUGAAAAACGGACUCAAAAGACGUAUCGCUACGGAAUCGGGCUGGUGUGCAUUGGAGCGACGUUGAAUUGGCUGGGAUUUGCUCAGGGUAACAGUUACAUCGACCCAUUGCGGUACUUGGGGGUUGCGUCCGUGAUAAGUGGAUCCUUCUGCGUUUGCUUGGCCAUGUGUCGCUGGUUGGGACGACCAAUGUCCGGCCAUCUCUCCUCCCUCGAGGAGGAUUCGCUGAGCGGGAGGUCCACGGGGGAUGUGCACGUGAUCAAUGUUGCUGUCCCCAUGUUCGUGUCACCGGACAACUACCGGCCUUCUAAACCUCCUGACUACGAAAUAGUGGCGGCGGCUGGAGAGUUGCCCCCUCCCAAUUACGACGAGGCCAUCAAGCUCACGCCUGGUUCCUUGAUUGAUCCAGCCAGUCGUCCAAUUAGUCCUCUCUGUCAGUCAUGCGGUCCGUCACCUAGUCACUCCACAUGUCCACUCCUCCUAAUCUCUAAGGAACCCAGGAAAUCAAUAGAUGCCACCGGGUCUCCGCCGCCGCCUUAUCAUCCCAGCCCAACCAGAAGAGUAGUUUCUCCACCACCGUCCAAUAACCUUAAUUCUUAUCUCACCAACUCCCACUUCAACCACUCAGUGUCCUCCAUAAACUUGAUGAACUCUUCAAGCAGCCACCAAAGUCCAGAACAUGAGCAUUUACUCCAGCCGUCGGAAGAAGUGGAGGGAGAAACAGUGUCCUUGUUACCUGGUCCUUCUCCGCUGCUCCUGCCGCCAACCUCACCCACGAAGAACAGUACUCGACAACCUCCCACAACAACAGAUUCCUUUUUUCGCAGUGAUGACGAUAAUCAACAAAAUAUGAGACAUGAAUUUAUUCAAAUUUCUCUUCCUCUCGAACAUGAUUUAAAUUUAGCAAGAGACAAUUUAUGUGAAAGUGGUUCAAUAGUUGAAUGAUUUUGUUUAUAUAAAUAAUUGCUGCCAUGUUAUCCUCGCUCAAUAUGAAUGUUCCCCAGAAAUUUAUAUGCUGAGAAUCUCAAGGACUAUUUUAUAAGAGUAUUAUUUAUCUAAAGAAGAUUUGUUUUCCAAGUGGAGGGUUUAUUGUUGUGCAUGCUCUCGUGGUGAUUCAAUGAUUAAAGAGUUUUGUAAGUCCUCGAAUUA